GUCGCCCCUCCGAAAAUUGGGUCAGCGUUCCAGCGGUGCGGGAAUCAGCAAAGAAAAGCGAAACCGAACCGAAAGGAAACAAAGCAGAAAAAAGAAAAGAGUGAAAGGAAAGAUGAAAUGCAGAAGCGGAGAGAAGUAAAAGGGAAAAGAUCGUGCUUCGAAAGCUUCUGCGGAGGGGGAAAGGAGAGAAAGAAAGAAAGAUGGUGGAAGGAGGUUGGACUCGACUGGAGGAAAAACAGUUCCCACAGUAUACUAGGCCGAAGAAACCCGCGUGCGGAGCAGAACUUGCGUUCACAGUCACCGUUGCUUUCGAAGGAGGCAUCGUUCGGCGAAGACCUAGCGAUUGAGAGGGGAAAGCGAGAGAGAAAGAGGAGGUCAUCAGAGAAAAGAAAGCUUCUCUCUUUUAUCAUACUUCUUCUGGUGGUUUUACUCCUUGUGCAUUAGCUCGCACAUUUUUUUGGCUUCGCGGUUUCAAGCGCGCCAGGAUUGCCAUCGGAUGCUGCUAGGAGCACAUUAAGGACAUCCGCGCUCGUGAGACGGCGGCUCCACGCUCGUCGCCUGCUAAACGCCCCCGCGUGUCGUCCUCGUCCGCCGAAAUAGAGACGUUCUCCUCGAAGACCCUCUCGUGCAAGCUCGCCUGUGGUGAGAGGUCUUCAGAUUCGGGCUCGGCACGUGACAUUGCGACUACCCUGGGGCAAGCUUUCUGGUCUUUCGCGGGCUAAAAUAGACGGUACGAGAGAGAGGUCUUCGGUUCUGAAAUAGCGGCCUCUCUUUCGCGAAUAUCGGCUGGUCCUUACGGAAAAAAGAAAGGAAGUUUGAAUUCUUCUCGACUGGCCAGAGACAUCCGACGUCGGAGGACACAACGACGAGCGCUCAUACCAGAGGAGGUCCAGAGCCUGAGUUCCAGUGGUGGGAGAAACCGAAGGAAACCAAGUAGCGGCCUGUUUGGUGGUGUGUUCUUGUUUUUUUCUUCAGUGAACGGAAGCUUGUUCUUGUGCAAACCAACAAGGAUUACGCGUCCGUGGUAAGACUCUUGGAUUCGCCAGGUCGCUGGCGCGGUGUGCUCAGCAAGGUGGAAGCCGCCCACGAGUCAACUCUGUGUCUCCUAGGAGGGACGAUGAUUUCUGUGGUGCGGGUACCAGGCAACGUCGCCAUGAUCCUCAUAUGCGCCCUCGUUCUGAUCGGUCUUCGGCCGGCGGUGGGCAUCUCUCUCAAGCUGGGCUGCAGCAUAGAAGUGCUGGACAAGUGUGGCGCUGACUUGGUCAUUUUCGGCACCGGCCACACAGUUCCCAACACCACCAAAGAGCUGCUCAAGCAGUGCGAGAUCGAGUUCUCUGCCGGUGUCUGCGCGAGGCAGUUCGCCAACCGAUGCCUUCCUCCGCUUCCACGUGGCAUGGUCGUGGUCAUCCUGGAAGGCAUCAGCCAGGAAGUCUCCUCCAAAUGCAAUGUCUCCAAUCCACUACACGAUGAGUUCCUGAAGCAUGCUCCCUGCAUGAACAAGGUGGGCGACACGCUUCACAUGUGCAUGAAGAAGCUCACGCUAAGCCUCGACUACAGCGCCAGCAUCGAGCCACACCUAAGGGUCGGCCGCUCCUGCUGCAACUUCGCCGAGUACCUCAAGUGUUCGGGCGACGCGAUGCGAAAGCAGUGUGGCGCCGAGGCGGAGGACUACAUCAAGAAGCUACUGACGAGGUCGGCGGGCGACUUCAUCGAGAUCGCCUGCAUCAACCACCGCACCGACUUUGAGUCGUGCAAGUCAUCCGCGGCCGUGGUGGACAUGUCCACGACGCGAAUCACCUCGCUGCUGUCGCCCAUGGCCAAGCUGGUGUCGGCCGAGGGCUAGCACGCGCAUUAGCGGCCGACAUUCCCCGUUCCCUCGGCUCACGUCAGGGAACGGGAAAAGAAGCGCGGUUAUGAUGAAACACCAUAGAUAAUGGAGCUGACUGCAACAGGACAACGGGGUUCUGUUGGGACCCGGACAGGGCUUGAACGGGACCAUACUUAGCCAGCCAUAGACUCGUGUUCAUUAAGAAAUCACCUGUAUGGACAGGACUCGUCUCUCCCUCUCCGGAGGCGCAAAUGGGGACCAUUGUGAGGCCACUGGGGCUGUCAUGCAUGUUCUCCGUAGGAAGCAUCUGGCAUGGCUUGAUGCGCCACUGACGGGUUGGAUACGUGGUUUGUCCAUGUCCUUAGUUAGCUAGAGCUCCAAAACGGCGCAGCAGGUGGCGGUCAGUGACGUGGUGCCUUUAUUGCAGUUUCUUCUACAAGGUCCUCAAAGUUAAACAGUUUUUAAUAAUAAUAAUAAUAAAACAACGCUAUCCUAGCUACGCAGAAUCUGCUUGUGCAGGCGGUUUAUGUGCUUUUGCGGACACAAUUUUCGCGAACAAUUGUAGUCAUCGAGCGCAAAUUUAACACGAACUUUUCAAUACAUUUUUUGCUAUCCUAAUUACGGUAUAUGUGAAUACUUGAAACGUCAUGACAUCCGUAUUUCGACACCACUUCCAUCUGAUUCCCCAGGAGCGCUUCGGUUCCGAGAUAUUCAUCGUCAAAUUUUAUUCUCGGUCGGCUUAUUUUGCAUUUGCGAGCUUGGAUCUCGAUGCACCGUCAAGCCGUGAGGGAACGUAAACGUGAGGAAAAAAGAAAAAGUCAGUCGUUGCUUGAUUUUAUUAGCCUACAGAAGAGCGCGCAGCUGUUAUCAGCUUCGCCCUGCUUGCAACCCAUAUUCUACGUGCAUGUCUACGUCACAAUGGGGGUCUGAAGUAGUGUCGAGACUAAUGCUUCUGAAAGCGAAAUUAGCUGAAUGAGUGUCAUAUCUGAUGAUGAAUAUAUUCGCAACAGAAACGCCCCAGGAGAACCAAGCAAAGUGACGUUGUCUUCAAAAUGUGUGCUGAUGUUUCCAAUAUAAACACAUACAUUAAUCGUGUAAGCAGGGAAAUCAUUUAAGAAGUUUUUGUUGAUUAUUUGCUUAGCAACCGAAUUUUUCUCGAAAACUGUGUCCUCCGAAGCGCAGCAACCACUUGUGCAAACAGGUUUUGCCUAGCUAGAAUAGCGUUUUUUAUUAAAGUUUCUGUUAGUUUUAACUUUGAAGGACCCGUAGCUUACUUUUCUGAAUCUGUCGCUUAGUGGCACAGUUGUCGAUGGCGUCAAAUAUUAACCUUGAAGGCACUCUAAUCUAAAGAAGGAAUACACUGCCAAAGUGAGCAGAGUAGGCAAGAGGGAUUAUUCAUUAGAAACAUCUGUUUCGGAAAUCAAUGUAACGUAACGUGCAUGCGCUCUAAGUAAUUUUGACUGCCUAGUACUGCAGAAAAACCUAUGAGUGACUUGUUGCCAUUGCAAAAUCACAGGCGUGAAAUCAUAGGCUACAAGCCUGCGUGUAUCGGUUAGAACACAACAGAAGCUCUUGAUUGCUUUGCAGCGUUGGUCUCUUUCCGCAAGGAGGCAGUCAUGGACGUCUUCAAAACACAUCUACCACGAAGAAGUCCAUCAAGGUGGCAAGCGUAUCUCCUUUUAUGUGUGCAGAAUUCUCACUAUAGGAGUACCCAUUGCGGUACAUAUUAUGAGCCUGUUCACCGCUUCAGGAAAGCGUGGGAGACUGUGCGCUGACAAACAUGAUGCUGUUUCAGAAACGGCGCGACGCACGUCUGUUUGGUGAAAGGAACAAAGAACUCUAGGUUCUACACUUCUUCUUAGGUCUCAGGCCUAAGGCUCACCGAUAAGGAGUCCUUGCAUAUUUACGCGGAAAAUGGUGCUGGCGGUCAUCCUAACACGUUCAUCUUUUCUCCCUGCGCUCAUCCAGAAAAUUAAAAGGCACGUACACUUUCGAGGGACGUCAGCAGAUAUGAUCAGCUUUGGAAACAUUGAAUGUCCGCUCGCACAUAACUGGUUGAAAAAAAAAAGAGAAAGAAAUGUGCUUUGUGGAUCUCGUAUAGUCAUUUUUUUGGUGUCACGGGGUUACCCUCUCAUAACUUUUCGAGUACUCGAGGACACGACGCCGGCUCAUUCCGUAGAAGCAGGAUCUAAGCUUGGAUCUAAGCUUGGAUCUAAGUAAGCUUCGAGCAUCAGCGUUUUCGGACAGGCAGGAAGCCGUGCCGAAAUAUUUGUCGUGCUGUGAACUUUUAUUCUUAUUUUUGGCAUUGUUGUAACAACUGGUAUUUCUCUCUCUAGAUCUUCUGCGCUGGCGCCUAUGGUGCUGUGUAGUGUUUGAAUGAGUAUGAAAUAAAAGACAGUCGUUUUCUGGAAAAA